AUGGCGGACCAAAAAGAGUUUCCAGAUCAACGGACGAAUGAAGAAUGGAGAGCAGUGUUAACUAAGGAACAAUUCCACAUCCUCCGUAACAAAGGCACCGAACCCGCUGGGAGCGGUGAAUACAACAAACACUCCCCUGCAUCAGGCGUCUACGAGUGCGCCGGCUGCGGCGCCCCGCUUUACAAGGCCUCCCACAAAUUCUCGUCCGGUUGCGGUUGGCCGGCAUACUUUGACUCGAUCCCUGGUGCCGUGACGCGCAAGGAGGAUCGGUCCUUUGGCAUGAGCCGCACGGAGAUUAUGUGUUCGAACUGUGGGGGGCAUUUGGGACAUGUUUUCAAGGGCGAAGGAUAUCCGACGCCCACAGAUGAAAGGCAUUGUGUUAAUAGCAUUAGUUUGAGGUUUACGGAGAGUGAGGCGAAGGCGAGGGCGAAGGAAGUUGAGGUGGAGGGGGGAAGUAAAUAAGUUGGUAAUUUGGACGAUUUAUGAUUUAUGAAAUGUACUCGUCUUUGAGUGUGAGAUUACAUUUGGAGUAGAGGACCAUCGUGGUAGCGUUUGUUUGAGUCGUUUAUUUAACCAUUUGAAAAUGGACAUUGGAAAGGAAG